AAAUUUUUAUUGGGUUUUUCAGAUUUCUCUGAAAAAAAUUUCAUCCUACAAUUAACUUUACAUGUUUAUGUUUUGUUUUAUCUGGGAUUAGGGUCCUACCUACCUACCCAAACCCAAUAUUGUGCUGUUCUCAAAUCCUUACUUUUUCCAUUUCUGCUAUAAUAUUCACGCUAUGGAAAGAUGAAGUUUCCAUUGUACUUAAGGGCUAGGAGGUUGAUUUGAAGAUGGUUGGAAACCCUGCACUCCAUGUCCCAUCAUUGCCAACUUCUUUUUCUUCAUCUCUGAUUACCCUACAAGGAAAUUCUUUAAGUUGCAUGCCUCUUCCAUUUAAACGCCAGACACAAAUCAACAGGAUAAGAGCUACAUCUGCUGCUGAUGCAGGUCAUGGCCAACAAUCAUCUACUUCAGAAGCAAAGAAUCCACUUGCAGUUGUAUUGGACAUUCCUCGUACUGUUUGGAGGCAAACACUGCGUCCAUUAAGUGAUUUCGGGUUUGGUAGUAGGAGCAUCUGGGAAGGUGGGGUUGGACUGUUUUUAGUAUCUGGUACAGUCCUACUUUUUCUUACUUUGGCUUGGUUGAGGGAUUUCCAAAUAAGAUCCAAAUUCCGGAAGUACACAGCAAUGUUUGAGUUUGCUCAGGCUUGUGGUAUAAGCACUGGAACACCUGUGAGAAUCAGAGGAGUCACUGUUGGCAAUGUCAUUCGCGUGAAUCCUUCCUUGAAAAGUAUUGAGGCAGUUGUUGAGGUUGAUGAUGAUAAAACAAUUAUACCGCGGAAUUCUUUGGUUGAGGUUAACCAGUCAGGUCUUCUUAUGGAAACUAUAAUUGACAUCAGUCCUCGUGAUCCAAUUCCAACACCUUCUGUUGGCCCUCUUGACAAAGACUGUACUAAAGAAGGUCUCAUUGUGUGUGAUCGAGAAAAGAUCAAGGGUUACCAAGGAGUAAGUUUGGAUGCAUUGGUUGGGAUUUUCACCCGUCUCGGGCGAGAUGUGGAGGAAAUUGGUAUCAUCAACAGCUAUUCAUUGGCUGAACGAGUUUUUUCUGUUAUUGAAGAAGCAAAACCACUUCUUACACAGAUGAAAGCCAUGGCUGAAGAUGUUCAACCUUUGUUGGCUGAAGUCCGUGAUAGUUGCCUGUUGAAGGAAGUUGAGAAUUUGACCCGAAGCCUAACCCAAGCUUCUGAUGAUUUGAGAAGGGUACAUUCAUCCAUUAUGACCUCUGAGAACACUGAACUGAUCCAGAAGUCCAUAUACACUCUUAUUUUUACCCUGAAGAACAUUGAGAAUAUUAGCUCUGAUAUUCUGGGUUUCACUGGCGACGAGAUUACAAGGAAAAAUUUGAAAUUACUUAUCAAGAAUCUCAGCAGGUUAUUGUGAGGUCAAAUUCAAAGUGAAGUAGGAUGCAACAGACGUGUUAUCGACUAGGGGAACUGAUUGCUAUGAGGAUGGCUUUGUUUUUUUCCUGCUGAAGUUAUCUGUUCCAUCUGUGUAGUAGCAUCGACUCGUUCUUAAUGGUUGUCACUUGUCACUCCCGGCCUUUUGAAAAGAAUGAUGUUACUGGCUACAUGUUUAUAGCAUUCAAAGUGUUUCUGUUUCAUUGGUUAGGUUUUCGGUUUUAUCCUAUCUAGAAAAUAAUGAGCGUUAUCAAUUCCAUUGAUACAGAGCACUGAGAGCAGUAUGAUAUUGGGAAGUUGUGGAUAUACUAUAUUGUAGAACUUUAUAUUGUGGUGUUUUGUUUUUUUUUCCUUCCUUUGGUUCAAAAAUCAAGUGCAAAAUGGAAAUAGCCGUUGUGAUUGCAAACAGUAUAAUUGCUGUGUUGGUUCACC